GGCUCUUUCUCCGCGCCCUGGCCGCGCUCCCCGGCGCCUCCGCUCUGCGCUCCCGGCCGUGGGCUCCUCGUCACCCCGCGCCCUCGGCCCCAUGGCUUCUCGGGGGCCCCCGCGCGCCCCGGCCCCGAGCCCCAGGGAGCCCUCGCCCUGGCCGCCGUCCUUGUCGCCGCGCUGGCCCCGCGCGCGGCCGCUGCUGCUGCUCCUGCUCUUGGCCGCCUGCGGGGCGGCGGGGCGCUCGCCCGAGCCCGGGGGGCCGCGGGCGCUGCUGACCCGGGGCCCGCGGAGCCCUCUCGCGGGGCGCGCGCAGGCCGGCGACCGCGGGGACCCCCAGGAGCCCGGCGCCCCGCGUCCCGCCCCCGCCCCGGAUCCCCACGAGGACGGCGCCCCCGCUCCCGGCGGGGGGCGCAGGACGCGGGCGGCCCCUCGGGCGCAGGUCUCGCUCAUCAGCACGUCGUUCGUGCUCAAGGGAGACGCGACGCACAACCAGGCGAUGGUGCACUGGACGGGCGAGAACAGCAGCGUGAUCUUGAUCCUGACGAAGUACUACCACGCAGACAUGGGGAAGGUUCUGGAAAGUUCGCUGUGGCGGUCAUCGGACUUCGGCACAUCCUACACCAAGCUCACCCUGCAGCCUGGCGUGACCACCAUCAUUGACAACUUCUACAUCUGCCCGACCAACAAGAGAAAGAUCAUCCUGGUGAGCUCCUCACUCAGUGACCGAGAGCAGAGCCUCUUUCUGAGCACCGAUGAGGGCGCCAGCUUCCAGAGGCAGCCCAUCCCCUUCCUGGCAGAGACCCUUCUCUUCCACCCCAAGGACGAGGAUAAGGUCCUGGCUUACACCAAGGAGAGCAAGCUCUAUGUAUCGUCGGACCUGGGGAAGAAGUGGACGCUUCUGCAGGAACAAGUGACCAAAGACCAUGUGUUCUGGGCUGUGUCCGGGGUGGACGCUGACCCCGAUUUGGUCCACAUGGAGACCCAGGACCUUGGUGGAGCCUUCCGCUACGUCACCUGCCAGAUCCAUAACUGCUCAGACAAGGUGCUGGCAGCCCCCUUCCCCUGGCCCAUCGACCGUGGCUCGCUGACUGUGCAGGACGAUUACAUCUUCCUCAAGACAACCUCAGCCAACCGGACCAAGUACUACGUGUCUUGCCGCCGCAAUGGUUUCGCCCUGAUGAAGCUGCCUAAGCACGCGUUGCCGAAGGACCUGCAGGUGAUCAGCACGGAUGAGAACCAGGUGUUUGUGGCGGUGCAGGAGUGGUACCAGACUGACACCUACAACCUGUACCAGUCAGACCCGCGCGGUGUGCACUACGCACUGGUGCUGGAGGACGUGCGCAGCUCGCGGCAGGCUGAGGAGAGCGUGGUCAUCGACAUCCUGGAGGUCAGAGGGGUGAAAGGGGUCUUUCUGGCGAACCGGAAGGUUGACGGGAAGGUGAUGACACUCAUCACCUACAACAAGGGCCGUGACUGGGACUUCCUGAGGCCGCCCAGCAGUGACAUGAACGGGAAGCCGACCAACUGCCAGCCGCCUGCCUGCCACCUGCACCUGCACCUGCGCUGGGCGGACAACCCUUACGUGUCCGGCACCGUGCACACCAAGGACACCGCCCCCGGCCUGAUCAUGGGUGCAGGUAACCUGGGCUCGCAGCUGGUGGAGUACAAGGAGGAGAUGUACGUCACGGCGGACUGCGGGCACACCUGGCGGCAGGUGUUUGAGGAGGAGCACCACAUCCUCUACCUGGACCAUGGCGGUGUGAUUGUGGCCAUCAAGGACACCUCCAUCCCUCUGAAGAUUCUCAAGUUCAGCGUGGACGAGGGCGUCACGUGGAGCACGCACAACUUCACCGGCACCUCGGUGUUCGUGGACGGGCUGCUGAGCGAGCCAGGGGACGAGACGCUGGUCAUGACGGUCUUCGGCCACAUCAGCUUCCGCUCUGACUGGGAACUGGUCAAGGUGGACUUCCGGCCCUCCUUCUCCAGGCUGUGCAGCGAGGAUGACUACGGCUCCUGGGACCUCGCCAGCCUCCAGGGCGACCGCUGCAUCAUGGGCCAGCAGAGGAGCUUCCGCAAGCGGAAGCCGGAGUCCUGGUGCAUCCAGGGGCGGGCCUUCACCUCCGCGCUCAUGGCGCGUGUGUGCCAGUGCCGCGACUCUGACUUCCUCUGCGACUACGGGUUCGAGCGCAUGGCCUCCUCGGAGCCCGGCACCCAGUGUGCAGCCAACUUCUGGUUCAACCCGCUGUCCCCGCCUGACGACUGCGCUGUGGGCCAGACCUACACCAGCAGCCUGGGGUACCGGAAGGUGGUGUCCAACGUGUGUGAGGGUGGUGUGGACCUGCGGCGGGGCCCGGGGCCACUACAGUGUCCCCUCAUGCCACCCCGGGGCCUGCGGGUGAGCAUCCUCGGCGAGGCGGUGGCCGUGCAGCCCGGGGAGGACGUGCUCUUCGUGGUGCAGCAGGAGAGGGGGGACAUCCUGACCACUAAGUACCAGGUGGACCUGGGAGACGGCUUCAGGGCCAUGUAUGUGAACCUCACAAUGACCGGCGAGCCCAUCCGGCACCGCUACGAGAGCCCUGGCGUCUACCGUGUGUCCGUCAGGGCAGAGAACAUGGCGGGGCACGACGAGGCCGUGCUCUUCGUCCAGGUCAACUCCCCACUGCAAGCCCUCUACCUGGAGGUGGCCCCCGUCAUUGGCAUCAACCAGGAUGUGAACCUCACAGCUGUGCUGCUGCCCCUGAACCCCAACCUCACUGUCUUCUACUGGUGGAUCGGCCACAGCCUGCAGCCCCUCCUCUCCCUGGACAACUCGGUGACCACGCGGUUUGUGGCCCCGGGGGACGUGCGUGUGACGGUGCAGGCAGCCUGUGGGAGCUCAGUGCUGCAGGACUCCAAGGUGGUCCGCGUGCUGGAUCAGUUCCAGGUGGUGCCUCUGUGCUUCUCCCAGGAGCUGGACACCUUCAACCCCAACACGCCCGAGUGGAGGGAGGACGUGGGUCUGGUGGUCACCCGGCUGCUCUCCAAGGAGACCAACAUCCCCGAGGAGCUGCUGGUGACCGUGGUGAAGCCGGGGCUGCCCACCGUGGCUGACCUGUACGUGCUGCUGCCACCGCCCAGGCCCACGAGGAAAAGGAGUCUCUGGAGUGACAAGAGGCUCACGGCCAUCCGGCAGGCACUGAACGCCCAGAAGAUCAGCUUCCUCCUCCAGGGCGGGCUGCGCGUCCAGGUGGCCCUGAGGGACACGGACACAGGGUCACAGAGCCUGGGUGGCGGCGGUGGCUACUGGGCCGUGGUGGUCCUCUUCGUCGUGGGGCUCUUUGCAGUGGGCGCGAUCAUCCUCUACAAGUUCAAAAGGCCCAGGCGGGACGGAGUGAGACGAGAGCCAGGCCGGCUGGGGCCCCUGCCGGGGCUGAGCGCCCUCUGCCCGCAGGAAACGCCCAGGCAGGACGGUGUACGCGCAGAUGCACAACGAGAAGGAGCAGGAGAUGACGAGCCCUGUGAGCCAUGGCGAGGAUGCACAGGCCACCGUGCAGGCAGCCCCUGCCAGGAGGGGGCGGAGCCUCAGCCCCUCCCACCACCCCUUGCUGCCUGUGGCAGGCAACCACUCAGGCGUGGUCCUGAGCAUCAACUCCCGUGAGAUGCACAGCUACCUGGUGAGCUGAUGCCCGGCCAAUGCACGCCCCCCACCGCCCACCCGCAGGGCACAGACCACUCCUGCCUCUGGAGCCACGUCCCGAGACCUCCCGGGAGGCCACCUCUGCCAGUGGCCCCCACAGGGACAGACCUCCUCCCUGUUCAGCCCACACCCACCCAGACCACGGAGGCUCAGGAGCCAAGCCCCAGCCCUGCAGCAGUCCAGGGACCCCACCCCACCCUGGGGUAUGUAGGCCCUGUGGCCUGCACACAACUGCCCUGACCACUCCCAUCCGCCCCAUGCCAGGUCUGCAUCCCUGUCCCUGCAGAGGGCACCCCAGAGCCCCGCAGCCUGCAGGCUGGGCGGCCCCCAGGCCUGCCACCUCUGCCCCUCUGUAACUGCAGAGAGUGUAAACCCUCUCCGGAGGCUGCUCGUGCUGGGGCUUCCGCUAUCUUUUUGUUAGUAGGGCCGGGCAGUGCCAUCUGGGUGGCUCCACCAGUCACAUUCUCGGGAACCCUGUUUUCCAGGGCACCCUGUGGUCCCUUUUUGGGGUUCAACCCGCUUUCCCAGCUUGGGGCUUGGGGCCUCAGUGAAGGGACCCCUGCCUGUAGUUCCUGCUCCUGCCAACAGGCAGCGCCCUCCCAGAGCCUGGCCACCCAGCUCGCCGCCCACACCCUGCACUCAGUUCUCUGUACAACUCAUGGCUCAGGGGUCCUGUAGAGUCAUCCAAGAUGGGAGCAGAGCGGGUGGCCCCCAAGAGCAGGCCCCUCUUGGGGAGAGUGGUGACUUUCCCAGGGAGAUGGUAGCAAAGGUGGCCCCAGAACCAGGCCUCUGAGGCUCAAGCAGACCGCCUCAGCAAUGUAGACUGCCAGGCAGGGAUGCGGAUAGCGGGGCCUUCACCUUUUGCCUUGAGAUGGAGUCAGCGUCCUCUUCCCCCUCCUCCCGCCCACCUCCUCCAGCCCCGGCUCUGCCCAGCUGGUACCAGGCUGGCAUCGUCUUCUCAAGGGAGCCGCAGGCCUGGGGGCACCUGGGGACAGGCUUUCACACCAGGCCAUGCGGGGUACUUGUCUUUGCCUUGGGGGUGGCCCCUGGCAUCUAGGCCAGGUCACAGAUGGGACUCAGGGACAGGGGCCCCCAGCCCGGCCGCACCAACACCACUCCUGCCACUGCCCACCCUGGACCCCUGGCCCGCCCGCCUCUCUCUGGACACCUGUGUGGGACUUGCCUCCUGCUGGCAUCUGCCUGUCCUGCCUUAUUGCAGGACGCCCCAAGCGCAGUCCCGGUUCGGCCAGCUCGGAGCAGCCCACCUCCCGGUGCCUGCGGGGCCAGCCCGGGCCUGGCCCUUCCCUGCCACUCAGCUCCACGUCUGCAGCCAUGCGUGCUGGAGCCUCCCUAGUUAUUGCAUACCCCUCGUAUUUUAUGUUAUUAUUUCUGGUCAGAAUAUCUUGGGUGUGUGGCCCUAAGACCCUGGGAAUGAGGUGUCACCUGACAUAACCUAUCGCCCCCUCUCCGUAACUGUAGAGGCGAUCACUACUUAGGCUCAUGGCCUCGCAGCUGGUCACAGGAGCAUGUGUGCCCCAAGGCCCAGUCACCUGCAGGCACCAAGGCAGGCGCUGGGCCCGAAGGUGGUGGUCAUUGCGUCCUGCAACCCAACGGGCCCCACACAUGGUAUAUGCACAGAACAGAGGCCAGGCCUCUGUUCCUAUUUUUCCUUUUUAAAAAUCAAUAAAUCAUUUGUGUUGCUUUUAACAAAGAUUAAACGAGUGUGACCAGC